ACUAAAGUAUAUAAAAAGAAAGAGCCUGUAUACAGCUUGACGUAUCUCUGUAUCUAUUUUUUAUUAUAUUAUUUUAAUUAAAUUGGUUAACGUUUAAAAAAACGUUUGUGAAUUUGUUAUUAAAAUUUUGCCUUAUGUAAGUUGACAGAAAAUGCCGAUAAAAAUAAACAAAAUGAGAAACAGGCAUUGUGAAAGAGACAGUUUGCGGUAAUAUUAAAUACAAGGUUUUAAUAUAUUUUCUCAAGAGUAUCAAACAUGCAGGCACCGAAUGGUUUAAACGUUUGUAUGAAUUCGGUAUACACUUCUAUUCCUGGUAUUCCUGAAUUAGGAAUGGUGUGGAUGGGGGAUAUGAUGAUACAUAAUGAACCAACAACUGAGCUCAUAAUAGAUCCAAGGCACGCUUCUGAAAGUCCUUUUAUUACACAUGGCUCUCAUUCAUUUGGAAAUAUACGAAAUCAUCAAAUAGCUCCUGCUACCAUGGUUAGAUAUUUGCCUCAACAAUUUGCUAAUAAUUGUUCAGAAAUUGAUGAAGCUAUAGAAGCAGCUAAUAGUCAAAACAUUCAGCAAGCGUACGACACUCAAGAAGAAAAUGAAGGAAUGAGUGAUUAUUUAACUUUAGAUGACUAUGUAGAAAAAGAAGAAGAAGAGGAGGAGGAAGAAGAAGAUGAUGAACAGCAACAACAUCAAGAGCAAGACGAAGAAGAAGAAGAACGGGAAAUGGUAGUAAGUAAUGUAGCUACUCAAACGACUCAAGAUAAUAAAAAUCGUAAAAUUAAACCGAUUAAGCAUCCCGGAUUAGUAUUGAAGACACCGAUCGCUUAUCAACCUCAUACUGAUUUGAAUUUUAUUCCCAUUCGCAAAGAUGGGAUAGCUGUUUGUGAAAAAUGCGGUGCGAUAGGUGUAAAGCAUGCUUUUUAUACAAAAGAAAGGAGAUUUUGUAGUAGGGCAUGUGCUAGGUCUUCAGAGCACACAACAUCCACGGCUGAUUCAACUUAUAGUCCAUCUUAUGUUGAACAACAACAUAUUAAUCUUUCAAAAGAUGAAAAAAAUUCAGAUCAUGAGAUGCUUGCUAGAGUUAAUCAAGUGAGUUGUGAAGAAUGCUUUUCUUCUGAAGAAAAAAUUGAAGAUAAAAUAAUUCCUGAAUCAGUAAUGCCCGAAGAUUUGCCUGUUAGACGAAAAAGAACCGCCGAAAUGGCUGGUUCUUAUGACUGGACUCCGCAACUUACUGAGUCAGGUUUUUGUGCAGCGCCAGUAUCCUGUUUUAAACAUGCACCGAUAUCUGAGAUAUGGGAUAAUAUUACUGUCGGAAUGAAAGUUGAAGUUGAGAAUACGGAUUGUGAUGAAGUUUGCGAAGCAUUUCCGGAUUCUUUCUGGGUUGCUACUGUCCUCAGAAUUUCUGGUUAUAGAGCAUUAUUGAGAUACGAAGGAUUUGGUCAGAAUUCUGAGAAGGAUUUUUGGGUCUCUCUUUGUUCUAGUGAUAUUCAUCAAGUUGGCUGGUGUGCAACUAUUGGAAAACCCUUAAUCCCUCCUAAUACAAUUGCUAAUAAAUAUAAGGACUGGAAAGAUUUUCUUAUGCGAAGGCUUACUGGUGCUCGAACCUUACCUACAAAUUUUUAUAAUAAAGUUAAUGAUAGUAUUAAAUCUCGAUUUCGUUGCGGUUUGCAUUUAGAAGUUGUAGACAAAAAUAGAAUCUCCCAAGUUAAAGUCGCAACAAUUCAAAAAAUUGUUGGCAAACGAUUGCAUAUUAGAUACUACGAUUCUCCGCCCGAAGAUAGUGGUUUUUGGUGCCACGAAGACUCUCCUUUGAUCCACCCUGUAGGCUGGGCAAAAAAAGUUGGACAAACACUUGAUGCGUAUCCAGAAUACUUGGAACGUGUAGCAAAAAAUCGUUUAAGUUCGGAUGAUGCUACAGAAAAUUUAUUUCAUGUGCCAAAAAUUCAUCAUAUACAUCUGGGUUCUACAUUCUGUGAAGGAAUGAAAAUUGAAGCAAUAGAUCCCCUUAAUCUUUCAGCAAUAUGUGCUGCUACAGUAAUGCAAGUUCUUAAAGAAAAUUAUAUUAUGAUAAGAAUUGACAGUUAUGACGAGGAUACUAGUGGUGCAGAUUGGUUCUGUUAUAAUGUUAGUUCGCCAUGUAUUUUUCCAAUUGGUUUUUGUGCUCAACAUGGUUUACCCCUUACACCUCCAAAAGGCUACGAUCCUACAACCUUUUCAUGGGACAAUUAUUUAGCUGACACAAAUGCUUUACCAGCACCAGUUCAAUUAUUUAAUCGUGAAAUUCCUCAACAUGGAUUUAUUGAAGGAAUGAGAUUAGAAGCUGCGGACUUAAUGGACCCAAGAUUAGUAUGUGUUGCUACAAUUACUCGUGUAAUUGGUCGACUAUUACGUGUUCAUUUUGAUGGCUGGGAAGAUGAAUAUGACCAGUGGCUGGAUUGUCAAAGCCCUGAUAUUUAUCCAGUAGGUUGGUGUGAUCUUGUUGAUCAUAAGCUUGAAGGCCCUCGUGUGCCUAUUGAAAUAAUUAGUUCAACUGUAAAAACACCUAAAAGCCUUAAGCGUAAAGCAAAAAGAAAAAUGAAGAAAAGUGGUAAAAUCAGUUGUCUAAGAAAUGUUUUAUCAAAACAUACCACCCGUGUUGAAAGACUUAAAGAGUGUAAAAAAGAACUUGGACAGGUCGCAAAGAUUGAACAUGAUAGAGAGAUGAAAAGUUUACCCGAACAAGAUGAAAGAGAACCAGAACCAGCAUUAGAACCAGCUGGACCAGAUCAAACUUUACCAAUUCCUACAAUCGGACAAUGUCAUUCUUCAUUACAUGGAACUCAGUGUGACGUUGAAAAUUUACAACCACAAAAAAAGACUACUACCUCCAAUAUUCGUAUCAAUACAACUAGUGGAAAGUAUAUUCCAAGAAUAGCUGAUGGAUGGCAGAAAAGUUCUGACUCUGGGGAAUUAGUCCCUAUAGAGUGGAACGUACACGAUGUUGCGCAGUUUUUGCACAUCAAUGAUUGUGCUGCUUAUUGUGACAAUUUUUGUAAACGUAAAGUUGAUGGAAAAGUAUUUCUUACAUUAACAAAGGAUCAAAUCAUAGAUUUGACUGGCUUUAAAGUUGGUCCAUCAUUAAAAAUAUUUGAUCUUAUUCAACAAUUGAAAAUCAAAGUUAAUCCAGCACAUGAAAGAUUGAAACUAGGGUUAAAAAAAAUAUAGUAGUAAAGGCAGAAUUAUAAGUUUUUUAUGUUUGUUGAUGAAUCUAUACAAGUGAGAUAUUGACUAUUAAUAAGGCGUGUGACUAAAAAUAAGAUGAUUAUUUACUAAAAAUCGUGACAUAAUUAGAUGAAAAUCUAUGGACUAUCAUAAAAAUCGUUUAUUCAAUUAUUCGAUGAAAUAUACAAUGUAUAAAAACUAAAUACUGUUCCAAUCUCUACUGCAUAAAAUAUAAUACUUAUUUAAUAGUAACAAAUUUUAUAAUACGUACUUAACUUUUACAAAAAUAUGCCUCCAAUAAAUUUUUCAGUGAAAACUUAAUUAUUUUUUUAAGUCAGAUAUAUAAUAUUACUCCAAUUAUUACAUCAGCGCUUCGCUAGAUGUAUUAAGUUUGAUGAUGAGCUUUUUUUCCCUUUAUAAUUCAUUUUGCAUGUCUCAUAAUACGAAACAUUUGAGAUAAUGCUGUGCGCUCAAUUUGCCAAGGAUGAGCAAUUUCAGGCUUUACUUAUCAUUAUAAGAUUUUAUUUGAUAAAAUAUGUAGAUUUAAAGAAAAUAUAUAAAUUCAACGGUA